AUGGACUCCGUUCUUCGCCAGUCCAAGGCUGUGUGCCCCUUCAUGAAGAAGGCCACGGCUUCCAGCCUCCGCGCCAUGACCACCGCCGCGCGCCCCGCCGCUUCUCCUUGCGGUGGCGCCAUCUCCAAGCUGCAGGUCCUCGCCAACCGCUGCCCCGUCAUGGGCAAGGCCAUGGCUGUUCAGUCUGCUCGCAUGGGAGGCCGCGCCAGCGCUGCUCCUGCUUCUUUCGUUCAGAAGGCCAAGCUGCACACCGGCCGUCCCCGCGAGGCUCAGGCCGUUGAGGGUGUUUUCACCGGCCAGAAGGUCGGCCUUCCUCCCCAUCCCCCUUUGAAGCCUUCGACUGCCACCGCUGCGAACCCGUCGCCGGCCGCUUGCACUGUUUCGGGCAACCAUGGCACCAAGUUCAACUAUGAGAAGUUCUACGAGAACGAGCUGGAGAAGAAGCACAAGGACAAGUCGUACCGCUACUUCAAUAACAUCAACCGUCUGGCCAAGGAGUUCCCCCGUGCCCACAUGGCCACCAAGGAGGAGAAGGUCACAGUCUGGUGCGCCAACGACUACCUCGGCAUGGGCCGCAACCAACACGUGCUCAAGGCCAUGCACAACACCCUCGAUGAGUACGGCGCCGGUGCCGGUGGCACAAGAAAUAUCUCGGGUCACAACAAGCAUGCUGUCGAACUCGAGAACACCAUCGCGAAGCUCCAUGCUAAGGAUGCUGCGCUUGUUUUCAGCUCGUGCUACGUCGCCAACGACGCGACACUGGCUACCCUUGGUAGCAAACUCCCCGACUGUGUGAUUCUCUCCGACAGUCUCAACCACGCCUCCAUGAUCCAGGGUAUCCGUCACUCUGGCGCGAAGAAGGUAAUUUUCAAGCACAACGAUGUCGAGGAUCUCGAGAAGAAGCUGGCUGCCCUGCCGCUGCACAUUCCCAAGAUCAUUGCCUUCGAGUCAGUGUACAGCAUGUGCGGAUCCAUCGGUCCCAUUGAGAAGAUUUGCGACUUGGCCGAGAAGUACGGUGCCAUCACCUUUAACGAUGAAGUGCAUGCCGUCGGCAUGUACGGCCCACACGGCGCCGGUGUCGCUGAGCACCUUGACUGGGAGGCCCACCAGCGCGGCGAGACCAAGGGAACCAUCACCGACCGCAUCGACAUCUUCACCGGCACCCUCGGCAAGGCCUACGGCUGCGUCGGUGGCUACAUUGCCGGCAGCGCCAAGCUGGUCGACACCAUCCGCUCGCUCGCUCCUGGCUUCAUCUUUACCACCUCCCUUCCUCCCGCCGUCAUGGCCGGUGCCCGCGCCGCCAUUGAGUACCAGAUGAGCUACGACGGUGACCGCCGCCUCCAGCAGCUGCACACCCGCGCCGUCAAGGAGGCUCUCGACGAGCGUGACAUCCCCGUCAUCCCCAACCCCAGCCACAUCAUCCCCAUCCUCGUCGGCAACGCCGAGCUGGCUAAGAAGGCGUCCGACAAGCUCCUCGCCGACCACCAGAUCUACGUCCAGAGCAUCAACUACCCUACCGUCCCUGUCGGUCAGGAGCGUCUGCGCGUCACUCCCACCCCGGGCCACACCAAGCAGUUCCGCGACCACCUCGUCGCCGCCCUCGACUCCAUCUGGACCGAGCUCGGCAUCAAGCGCACCAGCGACUGGGCCGCCGAGGGCGGCUUCAUCGGCGUUGGUGAGGCCGACGCCGAGCCCGUUGCUCCCCUCUGGACCGACGGGCAGCUUGGCAUCGCCGAUGCCGUUGCUGAGCUCCGUGCUGCUCAGGCUUCUGGCGAGAAGAAGGGCGUCACCAACCAGCUUCUUGAGAGCAUUGCGCUCGAGCAGGAGCGUGAGGCGCUCAACGCUGCUGAGGAGGCUGCUGAUGCUGCCAAGGCCGCCGCUGCUGCUUCUGCUUGA